CGAGCGGCCACCGGGCUCGGAGCUACCGGUACCUCCCCGCCUGUCCGCCGCGGGGGGCGCAGGCAGCAGCGGCGGCUCCCGCGUUACCGGCGGCUGCCCGGGUCCCUCCAGCACCGGGAGCCACGCACCGGCCCCGCCGCCGCCCGGGCUCAGCCCCCUCCCACCCCGGGGCGGCCGAACCUGCUCACUGUCUGCCGGGAAUUUGCUCCGUUUCCACCGGCACCGGGUCGGUUCCACCCCUCCGGGCAGCCGCCGCGCCCAGGUCCUGCUGAUGAAGAGGAGGUGAGACCUGAGCUGUAGCUCACACAGGUGCCAUUCCCUGCGGGACGUUUAUCUUCUCCCUUCACGCCAUCCCGCCCCCCGGGGCCACGUGGAGCCGUCCCGAUGCCAAAGAACAGCAAGGUGACGCAGCGGGAGCACAGCAGCGAGCAUGUCACCGAGUCGGUGGCCGACCUGCUGGCCCACGAAGAGCCCGUGGACUACAAACGCAGUGUCCUCAACGUGACGGGGGAGACCUGGGAUAAGCAGAAGGAUGGAGAUGAGGAUCUGGAUGCGGAGAACCGGCCAGCGUGGAACAGCAAGCUGCAGUACAUCCUGGCACAGAUCGGCUACUCCGUGGGGCUGGGCAACGUCUGGCGCUUCCCCUACCUGUGCCAGAAGAACGGAGGAGGUGCCUACCUGGUCCCAUACCUGGUCCUGCUCAUCAUCAUCGGGCUCCCCCUCUUCUUCCUGGAGCUGGCAGUGGGGCAGCGGAUCCGGAGGGGCAGCAUCGGCGUCUGGAAUUACAUCUGCCCCCGCCUGGGAGGCAUCGGCUAUGCCAGCUGCCUCGUCUGUUUUUUUGUCGGUCUCUAUUACAACGUCAUCAUUGGCUGGAGCAUCUUUUACUUCUUUAAGUCCUUCCAGUACCCUCUUCCCUGGAGCGAGUGUCCCAUUGUGAAAAACGGCUCCGUGGCCGUUGUGGAGACCGAAUGCGAGAGGAGCUCGGCCACCACCUACUUCUGGUACCGGGAGACCCUGGACAUUUCCAACUCCAUCUCGGAGAGCGGCGGGCUCAACUGGAAGAUGACCCUGUGUCUGCUGGUGGCCUGGAGCCUUGUUGGCUUGGCUAUGAUCAAAGGCAUCCAGUCCUCGGGGAAGGUGAUGUACUUCAGCUCGCUCUUCCCCUACGUGGUGCUGGUUUGCUUCUUGGUGCGGGGACUUCUGCUGCGUGGGGCGGUGGAUGGGAUCAUGCACAUGUUCACACCCAAGCUGGACAAGAUGCUGGACCCCCAGGUGUGGCGGGAGGCAGCUACGCAGGUUUUUUUCGCCUUGGGCCUGGGCUUUGGGGGAGUCAUCGCCUUCUCCAGCUACAACAAGCAGGACAACAACUGCCACUUUGAUGCCACGCUUGUCUCCUUCAUCAAUUUCUUCACAUCUGUCCUGGCCACGCUGGUUGUGUUUGCUGUGCUGGGUUUCAAGGCCAAUAUCAUGAAUGAGAAAUGUGUGGUGGAGAACGCUGAGAAGAUCUUAGGCUACCUGAACACCAAUGUGCUGAGCCACGACCUCAUCCCGCCCCAUGUGAACUUCUCCCACCUCACCGCCAAAGACUACAAUGAGAUGUACAGGGUGAUCAUGACUGUGAAAGAGGGGCACUUCAAAGAACUGGGCUUGGAUGCUUGCCUCUUGGAGGACGAACUCAACAAGUCCGUGCAAGGAACUGGUCUGGCCUUCAUUGCUUUCACGGAAGCCAUGACCCACUUCCCAGCCUCACCGUUUUGGUCCGUCAUGUUCUUCCUGAUGCUGAUAAACCUGGGGUUGGGCAGCAUGAUCGGGACCAUGUCAGGCAUCACUACGCCCAUCAUCGACACCUUCAAGGUGCGGAAGGAAGUGUUCACAGUUGGUUGCUGCAUCUUCGCCUUCGUAGUGGGACUGAUCUUUGUGCAGCGCUCUGGGAAUUACUUUGUCACCAUGUUUGACGAUUAUUCAGCCACGCUGCCGCUCACGGUGGUGGUCAUCCUGGAGAACAUCGCCGUGGCCUGGAUUUACGGCACCAAGAAGUUCAUGCAGGAGCUGACGGAAAUGUUGGGUUUCCGGCCCUAUCAGUUCUACUACUACACCUGGAAGUAUGUCUCUCCCAUCUGCAUGGCCGUGCUCAUGACCGCCAGCAUCAUCCAGCUGGGGGUCAGCCCGCCGGGCUACAGCGCAUGGAUCAGAGAGGAGGCUGCAGAGAAGUUUCUUUUCUACCCAACCUGGGCCAUGGCUAUCCUCAUCUCGCUGAUCAUCCUGGCAUCCCUCCCUCUGCCUCUGGUCUUCAUCCUCCGGCAGUUCCACCUCGUGUCGGAUGGCUCUAAUGCCCUCUCGGUCACCUACAAGAAGGGCCGGAUGAUGAAGGACAUCUCCAAUCUGGAAGAUAACGACGAGACCCGCUUCAUCCUGAGCAAAGUGCCCAGCGAGACCCCAUCCCCCAUGCCCACGCACCGUUCCUACCUGGGUCCUGGCAGCAAUUCCCCCAUGGAAAUGAGUAGUGCCCCCAACGGACGGUACGGGAGUGGGUACCUACUGGCCAGUACCCCUGAAUCCGAACUGUGAUGGUUGCCUGCCAACCACCCCCACCGGGAGAGGAGGUCACGGGGGAGUGGAUCCUGGCUGUCCAGGCAACAGGAAAAUUAAUUAAUAAGGAAGACGAAGAAGAAACCCCUCUUAAAAUCGUAACCAAAAGCAGCCAUUUCUAAGGUGACAUCGGGAAGAAGGGAUUGCGGGAGGGGCAGGACUCCUCCGACAACCCUCGGCUGGAGGGCAGGAUCCCCCGGGCUUGACUUCGGGGAAUGGAGGAGGAACAAGAGAAGCUGCAAUAUUUUUCCAAGAGUUGUUCUCACGCAGCUCGAAUCUGAAGCAAAGAAUCUCUCUUUUCUAAGCAGCUGAUGGUUGGAAAAAGGACCUGGCAUCCCAGUGCUCUUCCCUCCCAGUUUGUUGUCCUUUAGCCGGGAGGAGUCAUGGCCUUAUUCCAACGAGCACAAUUAACCAUCGAUGUUCAUAGCACAAAAAGGUGCUGUUGUUGUCACCAUCGUUGUUGUUGUUGUAUCUCCUGUAGGUUUUUAUAGCUGUGGACACACCCGGACAACCCCCAGGUUUUGGCCAGGGUUGGCAGGGAGCAGCGCGGGGCUGGCUGAGAUGCUGCGAUGUGCGAAACGGUGGAUGCUGGCUCCUUGGUGUUGUUGCCACCGGUGUGGGGACGGCGUCUGUGGGUUGCUCUGAGACAUGGAGUUGCCACGUCCGUGGGAUGAGGUGGUCGGCAUGCCCUGUGGCUGGGCAGCUGUCGUGCUGAGUGGCAGAAGGACCUCUGAAGUGAGUGUGGUUUGGAUGUGUGAGCGUGUGUGGGAUCUGGGUAGGGCUACUGUGAUGGAGGUCAGGACUCGUGACACAUGGGAUGCUCUGCUGAACCAAAAUCCCUGGCAUAGCGAUCGUCUCCUCUUGCCACUCUCUUUAGAUGUCCCAGAGGGACAAGCAAAGCUGUGGGGCAUCGAGUCCUCCCACAGUCCUGGUUUAGCUCUCAGGAAACCACCCCCUGGCUUACCCUCCUUGCACCCACCAGCUGAGGUGAGCUGGACAGUGAGCAUCUCUGGACGUGCGUCCUCAUUUCUCAGCUUCGAGCCAGGGGGGUGUGCAUGGCCUCCUGUCACCCCUCCACAGGAGCUCCCCGACCUUCAGAUGGGGGUAACCAGCUCUGGGGUCUGCUGAGCAGCAGUUAUGGGGAGUCAGUGCCAGGGAGCUCUCGAUCCAGGCUGGUGAGCCCUUGUUAGAGCCUAGGAGCCUCUGUCGUGCCCAUCCAUGUUACUGGGGACCAGACUGAUGUGACCUUACGUUGUGUCUCCCCAGGCUGGCUAGGAAAGGUUGGCAUCUCCCAGCUCCAAGUCUCUCCCACUGGGAAUGAAGGUCAUUUCCCUGAAUCCUACGUGUAGCCAAGCAUUUCUGUCAAGGGUACCAGUAUUCAUGGCAUCUUCCUCCUUUCCCCAUGGGGCAGGGUAGCAGCAGCCUGCUUGCGCCCUUUCUCCCUCUCAGCACGUUGCUGUGGCCUCCAGAAGCUGAGGGAGUUCUUCAUCCUUGGUUCUGCUGGGCUUGGAUCAUGCGUGAUGGUAUUUCAAGCCAGUCGGAAGGCCAAGUUUGUGGCCAGGAGCCCUUGUCUCCGCUUUCCUGUCGAUGGGCUUUUUCCACCUUGAUUCUCCUUGUGGCUGGGAGGUGAAGGCAGAAAUUAUCCUGGUCCGCUUGCCACAUCCUUGACUCCUCUUAGCCUCCCUGGGGCCAGGAGGUGCCGCACAAGGACAUUUCUCUUGUGGGUUGUGAUCUCUUAUUUAUAGUCCUUCUCCAUGGGCUUGGCUGGUGACCUGGAGACUUCCUGGAUGAUUAGCUCAGGUCCUUCGUUAACCAAUUUUCCAGGGGGAAAAUGGAGGCAUGGAAGCAGCCCAGUCUUUGAUGGCUCUGCGAAGCGCCAGGUCAGGAUCAGCCGUGCUCUUGUCUCUCCUCCAGCAGUCCCCCUGUCACCAUCCCCGGCGCCGUCUUUCUCCUUCCCCUGCCCGUGCAGAGGGACGCAGAAAUAUCCCCACGGCAUCAUCUCUGAAUGGGAGAAGCACAAACCCGUGGCGUUUCCCCAUCAUUAGCCAAGAUGUCCCCUCCCAUCUCUUCUUUCUCCCUCUGUCCCCAGUUUCCUCCACCCAACCAGCAAAACAGAGGAUGAGCCUAAUCGUUGCCCAGUGUCACCUGCCCGAUGCCCCUGAGCCCAGGGGCCGGAUUCCUACCAUAGCUCCCAUGGAGUUAACGGAGCAGGACACCUCCUGUGGCCCAAGUGCUCAGUGCCAUCCGCUCCCGUGGCGUGAUGCUCCUCGAGCCCUGGGGGGAAGGAUCCAGCCCUCCGUCGCUCCCAUCACCAUUCCCGAACCAGCCAGGGAGGCGUUUUGCUUUCCUCCCCUCUUCUUGCAGCAUCAAUAAGAGGCAAAGUCAAUAAGAAGGUAACAAAAAAAGCUAUAUUAUAUAUAUAUAAAAUAUAUACAGAGCGAGGAGAUGGAAUAAUAACGUAGAGAUUCUCUAUUUCUAUUGUAUAUUUAUUCUGUAAAUGUCUCUGUAAAUGCUGUUAAAUGACAAAACGUAUUCCAAAGUGGCCUGUGACCUAUUUUCAUCCCCCGUGCUGUACAGAUCAAUUCUCAUUGUAUAUUGGGACAUAUUUUUACCUUUUUAUUUCUCAUGCGUGGUGGGUGGCCGUCCAUCCCCCCCCCUGCCCCAGCCCCAGGGGGUCCAGCUGCCCUGGGGAUCCAGCAAAAAGGAGGAGGAGGAGGAGGAGGGACGUCGCCUUUAUUUUUAUCCGUGGAGAUACUGUAUUUCUUCGUGGCAUUUGCUCGGUGUUAGGCACAGGGUGUUGGGGGUCUGUGUGUGUGCGCGUGUUAAAAUUUUCAGUGAUCCGUGUCGUCACCGUGUGAGCGUGCGCGUGUUCGUCCGUAGAUGCCGUGCGUGGGGCUGUGCGUGCGUGGAUGUGUGCGCGGGUGCGGUUUGUUUAGGAUCCACUUCUCGCUGUACUUGGUCACUUUUGGAGCCUGCGUUGGGGGUUUCUCCUGUUCGCUGGGGCAGGUUCUCCCUCCACACACCUUCUGGGGGUCCCGGGCUGCAGAUCAGGCCAAUCCCCCGUGGCUUUUAGCCCUUAAAAAUCACUUUUUAUCCUCUUUUUUUCUCCACAGAGGCACAGGGAAUAGCUGCUAGUUGUGAGCACAGGCACUUUUCAGUUUUCCUCCAGGCAGUGGGAGAAGGAGGGGGGAACCGCUGCCAAUAUUCCUGUCCCCCCACGUCAGCUCCCAGCUUGGUUCCCAGCCCCGAUCCUGCUGCUGGGGGGCAGGAUGGGGUCCCUGGCUGGGGAACAGGGAGGUGCUGGGUAGAUCAGGAGGGGUCAAAACCCCGUCCCCUCUCUGCGGAGGGGUUAAAUGGGUCUGGAGAGGGGAUGGCUGGUGCUGAGGGCAGAAAGGAGCUUUGCAGGAGGGUGCCCAGCCCGUGACGGUGGCUCUGUGGGUCCGAGGGUAUGUGCAGUCCCCGGGCUCUGCUGCUGGUGCUGUGGGCAGGGGCUGGAUCUGCCCUUGAUGCUGGUGCAAUGCAGAGGGGAUGGCUGGAGCCGGCUGUGCUCCGCUGAUUUGCACCAUCCUGGGGUGUCCCUUGGCCCCUUCCCCCCAAUCCCUCCGAAAGAGCCCCUGCUUCACCUCCUGGCACCCACCCAGACCCUGGCAGGUCAUGUUAAACCCCAGCACCUCCCUGGAGCAACUUCCACUGCCUUCCCUCUGUCCCCCAGCCUUCCCUGAGCCUGGGUCUCACUGGUGGGAGUGGGGAGCAGAGCCGGGUGGCCUUGGUGGCUGGGGAGGGACAUGGCACAGCUCAGACAGAGCCAUGGCAGCAAGCAGGAUGUGGCCACUUCCCCUGUGGGCAAGCACAAUGCUGGCAACCCCCUCCUCUACAGGUAAAAGCACAGAUCUCGUAGUAACUCGUCCCAUGUACCCUCGUAGCCGGUGUAUUUACCACGCGUGCCGUGCCGUGCCGGCCGGACUCCUCGGCAGUCGAGAGAAACCCUGUAACAGCUGUAAUGGAGUCUGAUUAAAAGUCUC